AUGCCUACUGAAGAUUCGUCCGCUUUAGCUACAACUGUAAAUAUUCUUAUUGCUGUCACUCUACAUCGUGUAUCUCAUACACCAUUUGAUUGGUUUGUCGCUGAUGAGAAAGUCGAUUUACGAAGUUCAACCAUGAGUACCAUGGAUAAAAAAUUUCUACCGAAUGUUUACCCAUUGCCAUCUUCGAAAAGUUCAUCGGUAAUAGCCGAUACACGUCAAGUAACACGAAUGUUUUAG